AUGCCGAGAGAAAAAGCACUAGCAGGACACCCAAAGUUGACGAUAGAUUGGAGUGGACCGUUUAGAGUUAUUGAGUGUAGUGAUAACUCGGCACUGAUAACGAACUUGUCCAAAAAUGAAGACCCAGUCCGAGUACAAUUUGACUUGUUGCUCAAAUGCCCAGAUGAGAUUAGUGAUGAACCAGUGAAAGUUGUUUCUAAGAGAAAAAGGGGUAGAAAGAGCAAGAAUAGUGAGAAUGAUAUCUUUUCUGCACAGGUUCUAGUAAAGAAGAACAUCUGUUUCAGGUCGAAGGACGAGUACGACGUCGCCGAUGUCAUGCAUUUCCUUCACGUCGGAUUUCGCUGUGAUGGCCAACCGUUCCCCGCGUCGUACUACUCGGUUGGUCAGCUUCUUUCGGUCGUACCGCAACCGGCGUGCGAUGAGCGUAUCGAAUGCGUGCUGGAUGCCGCACGAGUUCUAGCGAUAUGGUGGGAUUCAGGAUCCGUCGAAUACGGGUGGAGAAUCGCGAAGAAUCUAGAAUGGGAGACUAUUGCGCAGUCAGUGCAGUAUGGGCAAGAACAUGGGCGUAUCGUCGUCGUCGUACCGGAAGUCCUGCACAGGAUCAAGUUUUGUCACACGAGCCCAAACAUGGCCAUAUUCUAUUACAAGUCAUUCCGAGAUAUACGUGCUACGAAUACGGCCAUCUUCGCAGACGACGUCGGAAAUGUGAUUCUGGUUUUGCCACCGAGAGAACCGGCUGACCCAUACUCUUGGUUGCAGUUCGUCAACGCACUCAAUUUGUGGCUCUCGUGUGGAGCUCAUGUAAUCGUCGUCAACGGACCCAGAGCAGUCGAAGAAAACAGUUGGGACCGAUUGAACGCCAAGACAAGGAGUCAUAUCAAUGGAUAUGUGGACACGUAUCCAUCGUUUCUGAAUCAGAUACACUGCCUCGUCCCUGCCGAACCUGGAAUUCUCAGUUCUACAAUGGCUUGUCUGAAGGUUGGCGUGGUUCAUAACCCCGAUAGGUGGUGGCCAGUGGAGCAAGCAGUCGAGUUUUUCGAGUUUCUCAGACAAGUGAAGGAUUACGUGAAGCUCGACGCUGUAAAGAUUCCGAAAAGCAUGAAGCCGAGAGGAAAUCCGUCGGAGGAAGAAGCGCGCAGUCGUCUGGAUGGCCGCAUCUCUAAGCGCCACCUAAAGCGCGUGGAAAAGCGUAAGAUGCGGAGUCUAGAGAGGGCCACCGCGAAGAAGUUGGACGAACUGAAAAUGUAA